AUGACCCCCGAAAAGCCCGAACGCCCUCCAGAUUCAUCGAACCGCCCGUCGUGGGUGGAAUUUCACGGCGACUUCGAACUUCGAAAUACAGUUGAAUUUGCAGCGCUACCUAACGGGAAGACGGCGAUCAUUGACCUGUUACCGCCAGCUUUGCCGAAUCCCACUAAGAACAGGAAGAUACUUUUGGUUAUUGGUCUUGUGUUAGCAGUGUUUGAUGUGUUCAUUUUACCAAUUGUGUUCUUCUAUUCCCUGACGUAUGCGUCGAGCUUGACACCGAGAUACGUCUUUAUCGUCAUAACGUGCCUCUUUUGCAUGAUGACAUUCGCUCAUUAUACGCAUCGAUGUCUAAGAUUGAUGCUCAAAUGUUCCAUUCGGUACGGGCCAAUUGGCUGGCAGAGAAAAUGGCGUCUGCUGGAGUUCACUAACGUCCAUUUUGCCAUUUGCGCUUCUAUCUUCGAGACUCUACUCUUGAUUGGCACUAUCCCAGAACUUCCAAUCGUUCGGCUCUGUGCGAUGCCGAGCGCCACUAUCUGCUAUUACCUGGGAAUAAUCUUCCUCAUCAGCGCCUUUCUCACACAAAGAGGCUACCGCUUGCCCUUCGACAUGUCCUCCACACCAAAGGGAGCGAUAUGGAGACCGGUAUUACUAGCUAUACUUGAGGAUACGGGGGCGAUCGAAGCACGGGGAGAACUUGCACAUCGAGAGGCCGUGAUGAAGAGAUACGAAGCCAGUCCACCUUUCAGACGCAUGUUGUUGCGGCUUACGUGGUUCUGGGGCAUUAACCUCGUGAUUAUAGCGAUUGUAACAACUAUUUUGAUCGUGGCGUUGGAAGAGAGGAUUGCUUUUGGGGUGGGGUGGGGAGUACCGUAUCUCUGGUCUACGUUGUUCGGGCUUUGGACUGUGCGAUUUGUGAAGAGAAACUUGACGGACGAGAGGGUUGCUUGGCAGACCGGAAGGUAUUUGGGAGCGAGGAUAUAGACUUGUUUUGGGUUGCGGAGCGUUUACAGUUCUUGGGAAUCUGACAAGGAAGGGAAAUGGACAAAUGUUUGAUGAAAGGGCCAGAUCGCAAGUAUUGUCAAAGUAGCCAGCAUUCGCAAUUGCAUCUUUG